UUCGCAAAAGCACGUCCCAUCCCACGACGUACCACACGGAUGUCCGUAUGUACGUAGUCUAGUUAUACAUAUCACACACGAAACAACAGCGUGAAAAAGGUAAUAAGUUUCUUCAGCGUGAACUUUUGGGUUUUUUAUAGUAGAAAAUAGAAGCUGACACCGAACUUUAAACAAGUAUAAAACUAAUGUGUUGAAAACCUAAGAUGGGGAAGGAAAAAUACGCAGGGGAGGAUGCUCCUGAUGCCCCUCCGCCCGGCAGAACGGAGUCCAAAAAAUUCGGUAAAGGGAAGAAGUAUGACCCAUCAUUCCAUGGACCCAUUGCAAACAGGAGCUGCACUGAUAUCAUAUGCUGCAUUAUAUUCACAGUCUUUGUCAUCGGGAUGUUUGUUGUUGGUGGCAUCGGUUGGUAUUCUGGGAAUCCGUUGACAUUGGUCUACGCUACCGACUCGGAGGGAAAUGUGUGCGGCCAGUCACCCGGAUUUGAAACCAAACCUAAUUUGAUCUACUUUGAUCUGUUGGAAUGCUUCUCUACGACGUCAGUACUUGAGCUAGGAUGUCCAUCACCGAAGGUGUGUGUACAAGACUGCCCAUCCAUCACGUAUGCUCCAUACACCCUGGUCUUAGCAGGUGGUUUGUUGCCUGAUGUAUCCGGCAUUCCCGUGGUCGAUAUACCAGACUCAGAAUGGGCCAAGUUUAUCUGCUUGAAUGGCUUUGACCCAAAGACAGAAUACAACAAAGCUGGGGGAACAUACAAUGGUAUCGAAGGACUACAAAAGAUGUUUGAAGACAAGAAAUGUGCCGCUUAUUACAUCGCAAGUGAACCAUUUUCAGACCGAUGCAUUCCAGCUUUCCUGGUGAAUAGCAAUGUGUCGCUCGAGAGCGUCUUGACUACUGGCCUUUCCUUAAUAAAGACGGUUGGGGGUGCAGACUUGGCCAAUGAUACCAUCUUAAAGUCAUUUAUUACGGCUGCUGAUAACUUCUUGAACUUGCGGUCUGUCUUGAGUGUUGUCUAUCAGGACUUUGUGUCAUCAUGGUACAUAAUUCUCAUUGGUUUAUCCAUGGGUAUGUUACUUUCCUUGAUAUGGAUUGUUGUGAUGCGUUGGUUGGCUGGAUUCAUGACAUGGCUAAGUAUCUUUGCUCUGUGGGCAAUCUUAGGAGCAGGUAUCUAUUGUUGCUGGCAGCAGUGGGUAGAGCUUGGGAUGACCGGUACAAGCAGCAGUGGGUCACUUGACGUGAGCAAUGGUGUAACAGCAUUUAUCAGCGGCUUAUCAGGGUUCCUAAGACUGCAGAAAACAUGGCUGGCUUUCGGUAUUACUCUGUCUAUUCUGUUACUCCUCAUCAUUCUAUUAACGCUAUGUUUGUGUUCACGUAUCCGUAUCGCCGUCCAACUCAUCAAGGAAUCUAGCAGGGCGGUUGGUUCAAUGUUGUCAACGCUGCUAUGGCCCAUUAUUCCAUUCUUACUACAAGUUAUAAUCAUCACAUUAUGGGCAACCAUUGCUGUCUUCUUGGCUACGUCUCAUGAAUCCAACUACGUAGUUUAUAAUGCAACGAAUUCCAUGGACCAAACUGUCAUUGAUUGUAACCCAGAGACUUUUGAUAACUCGACCGGUGCCUCCUGCAUGUUUGCGUCCUACAAACUCCCGAGCUACAUCAUCUAUCUACAGUUCUAUAAUCUCUUCGGUCUAUUCUGGAUGAUGGAGUUUGUAGUUGCCCUGGGGCAGGUGGCCCUGUCCGGGGCAUUUGCUUCUUACUAUUGGGCGUAUCAUAAGCCUCAGGAUAUCCCAACGUUACCGCUUUGGGGAGGACUCUACCGUGCUCUCAGGUUUCAUCUGGGUUCAAUAGCCUUUGGAUCUCUGAUAAUUGCGAUUAUUAAGAUCAUCCGAGUCUUGUUGGAGUACGCUGAAGUGCAACUCAAAAAAGGAAAGGAGAACAAAGUGGUUUCGUUUAUACUGAAGUGUCUUAAAUGUUGCUUCUGGUGUCUGGAGAAAUUCAUGAAGUUCUUGAAUAAGAACGCCUACAUCAUGAUCGCUAUUUAUGGCAAGAAUUUCUGCAGCUCGGCUAAGAGUGCCUUCUUCCUUCUGAUGAGGAAUAUUUUUAGAGUUGCCGUCAUCAACAAGAUUACCGACUUCCUCCUCUUGCUCGGUAUCCUGUGUAUUACCAGUGGUGUAUCGGUCGCUGCAUUCUUCUUCUUCACCAAUCAGAUCACAUGGGUGUCUGGUAUCCUGACUGUACCUGAAGUUAACUACUACUGGGUUGUGAUUAUUGUGAUCGGGCUGGGUGUUUAUGUAAUCGCUAAAUGUUUCUUCAACGUCUUUGAUAUGGCUGUAGACACUUUGUUCCUCUGCUUCUUGGAGGAUAUGGAGCGACACGAUGGCUCGGCUGAGAAACCUUACUACAUGUCCAAAUCGAUGAUGAAGAUAUGUGGCAAGAAGAACAAGAAACCCAUGACGGAGAACGAAGAUGAAGAUGAAGAUGAGUGUGAAUGGUAACUAUGGCAACCAGUCAACGAUGGAAACAGCUGGAUGCUGUGCCAUGGCAUCCGUCUAUUUUUUAACUUUAAAAGUGUUGAAUAUAAAAACAUGUCAUUAAUACAAGGCCUUAAUGUGGGAUACUGUGUAACGCCCAGGGCCCAAUUACAUUGAGCUGUUUAAGCACAAGCAGCUAUGCCAAACAAAAUUAUGCUUACCAGAAUAAGGUUACCGAUGAAACUACCAUGUAAUGUGUACAAUGUGUGACCGGUAUCCUGCUCAUUUCUGCUCAGGAGAAAGAUGUUUAGGAAGUAGCUCUAUGAAAGCCAUUUUAAGCACACAAAAAAUGCUUUACAAUUUUCUUUGGUAAGCAAAUAUGAAGUGGGGCACCAGUCACAACAAUGAAAACUUAAUGUAAUUUUGGCUGGUAACCUGUUUCUGUUCAGCAACACUUUUCUGUGCUUAGCCAGUUUUUGCGCUUUCAGUUUUUAUGAAAUUGGGCCCAGAUGAGGCUGAAAUUGGUUGGAGACAUAGAGACUCUAGGUGGCAGCAGAUACAUGCCUAAUUAUAUUCCAUCGUUAUGGUAGUUUGAGCUUACCAACAUGCAACCAUGCCAUUCAGUCACCUGUUAAAAGCUCUUGCCUAUUACACACAAGAAUCAUCACCACUUCACAUAUUGAUUUUACACAAGCAAAUUUAAUCGUAAUCAGAACAUAUCAUUAUUUUUUCUUAACAAAUCAUAAAAGUAUUGUUUUAUAGGGGGUGUUUAUUUUUUCAAUGUUGCUUAUAGAGGUAGAAACAUUUGUAGGAAGAUGUGUGAUUCUGUUUUUACUAAAUUUGCUCUUACUUUCUGGAAGUAAUUUCUGUGUGUGAUAUAUCCUUUAGUCCUAUAAGAUGAAGUAUCAAGGGAUGGAUUUCACAAAGAGUUGAGACUAGCCUUAUCUUGAGUGAGGAAUAUAUGUAGCCUUAAGGUCCUAGGACUAGUAUACACAUAUUGACUGGCAAUGAGGUAACUAGUGUACCUCUAUUCCCUCGAGGGACUUUGAGUGACCAGAAAAAGGACUAUUUCCCGAGGACUAAGGCCGAGGGGAAAUCGGUCGCUCUUCUGGCCAACCAGAAUACAGAACAAGCAAGAGGUGUGUUAUAAUCCUAGUUAGGGCUAUCUUGGUGAAAUUGACCCCUGGUACUUUAUUAGCAUUGAUAUGACUAUACUAUCUACAAUGGAUUGGGUUCUUACAGGUAGAGAUGGUGAACUUAUAUAUAGGGAUUAGUUUCUUAUAUUUACAACUUGUGUAGAGGCAUGGUAAUGAGUUUCAAGUGUAUAUUUUUGUUUGUGUUGUAUUUCUGUUAUUUUAUGUAAACCUGUAGAACAAAUGCAAUUGCUAGAUUUUAGCUAUUUUUGUUAUGGAAGUCGAGCCCAGUUAAUACUUCCUGCGAAUGCAAAUGCGGUUUGAUUUUUGACGUCACAAAUUCGCAACAAAUUCACCACGUUUCCUAAUGUCUGUUUAUGCCAUUGCUUGUUGCGGUGAUUUUAUGUCCUGUAACUUUGAAUUGUGUUGUCUUUUAGGUAGGUACUCUGUGAAAUAGCCAUUAUAAACAUAACUUAGCAGUACUAAUUUUGUUUUAAUGUGACAUGCAACUUAGUUCCAGUAUUAAGGUAUGGUUUGACAUAGACUUAGCUUGUCAGAUUAGGGUCGGAAAAUGAGAUGGUGAGUUUUGCACACAACGAAAGUGUUAAAGGCAGUGGACACUAUUGGUAAUUACUCAAAAUAAUUUUUAGCGUAAAACCUUACUUGGUAACAAGU